UUGUUUUAUUUCCGGGCUGUUUGAAGCUAGCUCGUAGCUAUUUGCUAAUAGCUGCUGCUACUUCCUGUCACACAGUUAUGGAUUGCUGUUUGUCUUUUCUGUGGUAUUUCAUACCACUUGUGUUGCUGAUUCACUUUGUGUGUUUUAUUGUUGCGGAUGCAGACUUUACUCUGCUGCGGGCGAGUCUGAUAGGACACAAACCAGAAGCCAAGCUGAAAGGACUGGUGGUGUGGAUUACUGGAGCCUCUAGUGGCAUUGGAGAAGAGCUCGCCUACCAGCUGGCAAAGUGUGGAUCACGCCUAAUCCUGUCUGCUCGCCGCGAGGAGGAACUAAACAGGGUCAAAUGUCAUUGUUUAGAAAACUCCAGCCUCAAGGACGAGGAUAUCCUUGUUCUGCCACUUGAUCUGUUGGAGACGACAUCACAUGAGCACAAAACAAAAACUGUGAUUCAGCAUUUCGGGCAUAUUGAUGUUCUAAUUAACAACGGUGGCCGAAGCCAGCGCUCUCUUUUCUUGGAGACCAGUGUUGAGGUGUACAGGGCCUUGAUGGAGCUCAACUUUCUUGGUACAGUCUCCAUUACCAAGCAGGUCCUGCCUCAUAUGACACAGAGGGGCCGAGGGAGUGUUGUGACCGUCAGCAGUAUAGUCGGCCUCGCUGGGGCGCCUCUUUCAACAGGAUACUCGGCAAGCAAGCAUGCUCUUCAGGGUUUCUUCAAUUCCCUUCGAACGGAGCUGACAGACUUUCCAAAAAUACUCAUCAGCACGGUAUGUCCAGGGCCAGUGCAGUCACAGAUCGUCAGUAAUGCAUUCACAGAGGAACUGAGUAAGCCUGUGGCCUUAGCUGGGAGCCAAGAGCACAAGAUGCCCACAAGUCGCUGCGUGCAUUUAAUGCUGGUGGGAAUUGCCAAUGGCGUUAAGGAAAUGUGGAUCGCUCAGCAGCCCUUCCUCUCCAUGUACUACGCCUGGCAGUAUGCACCCACGUUUGCCUGGGCCAUCACAAACAUGAUGGGCAGGAAAAGGGUACAAAACUUUAAAGCUGGUCUGGAUGCAGACUCUGCGUACUUCACUAAACCAAAGACCUCCUGAACAGGGAUCUCACUGCAUUCCUAACUGUGAAUGUUUUCUGAUUUUUAGAGUAAGUUUGAAAACUUCUGUCUAUCCAUGUCUUUACAAUUCAAAGAAUUAACAUCUGACACUGAAUUUGAAUGCUUGCAAAGACUAACGGCUGUAAGAAUGAUGCAUUUGUACUGAUCUUUUGCUUGAACAAUAAAAUUUAGUUUGGAUCAA